AUGAUGUCGCGUAAGAAGAGCGCCGGCGGCGCGCCGUGGCGGCGGAACAGCGACGAGUCCGUCUCCCCGAGGUGCGUCCUCGACGACGGCUGCACGACGAGCAGCAACAGCAGCGGCACCACCACCACCACCAUGGGCACCAGCAGCGCGGGAGCGGCGGCGAACACGACGACGUUCCCAGCCGCCACGGCGACGACGUACGCCGCCGACGCGCCCGCGUCGGCGCGGCAGGACGGGCCGCCGCCGUGGAAGGCCGUGGCGGAGGCGUGGCGUUCCCGGGCCAAGCGCCAGCUCUCCGGCCGCAUUCCGCCGCUGGGCCCCGCGGUGUCGUCGACGCUCCGGCGCCUCAGCGUCCGCCGGCCGCCGGAGCCGGACCGCGCCGAGGAGGAGGCGGUGCGCGAGUUCUGCGUCCUCAAGCCGUCCCUCCGCACCUUCUCCCUCGCCGAGCUCAGGAAGGCCACCCGUAACUUCAGCAAGGAGAACGUGGUGGGCCGGGGCGGGUUCGCGAAGGUGUACCGGGGCAGCCUCCCCGGCGGGGAGCUGGUGGCGGUGAAGAAGCUGACGGCGGCGCAGGGGGCCGACCGCAUGGAGGGGUUCCUGUCGGAGCUGGGGCACGUGGUGAACGUGAGCCACCCCAACAUCGCCAGGCUCGUCGGCGUCGGCGUCGACGGCGGCGAGCACCUCGUGUUCCCCUUCUCCCGCCUCGGCUGCCUCUCCGGGAUGCUCCACGGCAGCGGCGGCGCGGAGCCGAUGCCGUGGGAGGCCAGGUACCGGGUGGCGGUGGGCACGGCGCGCGGGCUCGAGUACCUGCACGAGCGGUGCGCCAGGAGGAUCGUCCACCGCGACAUCAAGCCCGCCAACAUCCUCCUCAUGGACAACUACGAGCCACUGAUCUGCGACUUCGGGCUGGCGAGGUGGCUGCCGGCGAAGCUGACGCACCUGCAGGUGACGGUGUUUGAGGGCACGUUCGGGUACGUGCCGCCGGAGUACACGACGCACGGCGUGUUCAGCGAGAAGACGGACGUGUACGCGCUCGGCGUCGUGCUGCUCGAGCUCCUCACCGGCCGCCGCGCCAUCGACGCCGCCAAGCUCAGCCUCGUCUCAUGGGCGAAGCAGUACUUGGUCGACGGCGAGGAAGACGAGAUGCCCAAGAUGGCCGACCCGGCGUUGGGCGGCCGGUACGACGCCGAGCAGCUCAGGAGCGUGGCGUGGGCGGCCAAGCUCUGCGUCCAAAGCUCCCCAGACCACAGGCCGCAGAUGAGCAAGGUGGUGCAGAUACUAGCAGGGGAGAGGACGCAGGCGCAUCCAUGGGGGGAGCGGCAUAGGGGGAGCCACCAUCCAGGAGAGCUCCACGAAACGGACGGCUACGAUGCAGCGCCGGGGUGCCUGGAUGAUCUGAGCCGCCAUAAGGCGCUCGCCUUCGACUUGGACGGGGAAUCCACGCCACGGACACAUGUUGGUCCUCCUUGA